AUCAUGUCCCAACAUACAUUACCAGUGUAUCGUGGAACUUAGCUAAAGUAAGAUAUUUUCAUCAUGCUGUUUCAUGAGUUUAUUCAUUUAACAUAUAAUUAUGAAGACUUAGUAAAUUACUUAAAUGCGAAAAAAGUGCUCCGAAAAAAUAUGUUAUGUCCACGAUGUGACAAAAUUCGUUUAAAACCAGAAGAAUCACUUAUAAUGCAUUGCACCAAUAUGUAUUAUAAACAAAUUCGUGGACGAAAACGGCAAAGAAAGACUUGCAAUUUUAAGUUAAGUGCAAUAACAGAAACGUGGUUUGCAAAGGCGCAUUUAGAUCUAAUAAAAAUAUGUCGUAUUAUUUCUUAUUUUUUAAUGAUGAAUUCACCACGACAGAAACUAUUGGAAACGAAAAUUCAAAUAUCAAGAUCCGUUGCUGUGGAUUGGGUUAAUUUUUGUCGUGAAUUACUAAAUCAGUGGGUAACUGAUAAUAGCAAACCAUUAAGCGGUCCAGGGAUAAUUGUGGAAAUAGACGAAGCAAAAUUCGGACGUCGAAAAUAUCAUAAAGGAAGAUUAAUUACUGGACAAUGGUUAUUUGGAGGUGUGGAAAGACACAAUGAUCGGUUAUUUGUGGUGUCAGUACCAGACAGAACAUUAGCUGCAUUAAUACCAAUCAUUCGUCGUUAUAUUGCAUCGGGAAGUAUAAUAUACAGUGAUUGUUGGCGUGCUUACGACGCUUUAUGUAAAGAAAAUUAUUUACAUCAAACUGUAAAUCAUUCUCGCAAUUUUGUCGAUCGGGUUACUAGAGUUUAUACUCAAAACAUCGAAAGAUUAUGGUAAUAUACGUAAUGGAAUACCUCGUUUUGGUAGUAAUGAAAAUCAUUAUGCGCAUUAUUUAGCUGAAUUUUUGUUUAAACGAAAAUAUCAUUAUGAAGAUCGAAUUGAUAAUUUUUUUGAAAUUAUGGCUCAUUUCUAUGCACUUAGCGGAAAUUUUACUGAAUAAAUUUAUUAUAAAUAUUAAAUAAAUAAUUUUUUCAAUAUAAUUUAUUUGUCCUAUGCAUUGUU